AUGAACACAAUUCGAUCCCGUUUCUCUGCAAAAAUGGCGGCAGAAAACACCGGAAAAAACAACCUCGAAUCAGGCGGUUUCUGGCCUUUUCUCCGCCGUUGGGUCCCUACUUCUACCGAGCACAUCAUCAAUGCCGAGAAGCGCCUUCUUUCUCUUGUCAAGACUCCGUAUGUUCAAGAACAGGUUAAUAUUGGUUCUGGUCCACCUGAUUCUAGAGUGAGGUGGUUUCGUUCAUCUAGCAAUGAACCGAGGUUUAUCAACACUGUUACCUUUGAUAGUAAAGAGGAUUCUCCUACCCUUGUAAUGGUUCAUGGAUAUGCUGCAUCACAGGGCUUCUUCUUUCGCAAUUUUGAUGCACUUGCUUCGCGUUUUAGAGUCGUUGCUAUUGAUCAACUUGGUUGGGGUGGAUCUAGCAGACCAGACUUUACUUGCAAAAGUACUGAAGAAACUGAGGCAUGGUUCAUUGAUUCUUUUGAGGAAUGGAGGAAAGCCAAAAACCUAAGCAAUUUUAUACUUCUUGGGCAUUCUUUUGGCGGUUAUAUAGCUUCCAAAUAUGCACUUAAGCACCCAGAGCACGUACAGCACUUGGUUUUGGUGGGAUCUGCUGGAUUUUCAUCAGAAACAGAGAGGAUUACAAAGUUUUUAUCAACAUGGAAAGGAUCAAUCCUGAACCAAAUAUGGGAAUCCAAUUUAACACCUCAAACAAUUAUCAGAGGUUUAGGUCCUUGGGGUCCUGAUUUAGUCCACAGGUAUACAAGUGCUAGGUUUAUCAAAUACUCAACUGGGGAACUUUUGACAGAAUCUGAAUCGAGAUUACUAACAGACUAUGUUUAUCAUACGUUAGCUGCCAAAGCUAGUGGUGAGUUGUGCUUAAAAUAUAUUUUUUCAUUUGGAGCAUUUGCCAAGUCGCCUCUUCUACACAGUGCCUCAGAGUGGAAAGUGCCUACCACUUUCAUCUAUGGUUUUAACGACUGGAUGAAUUACGAAGGGGCCCAAGAAGCUCGCAAGCAUAUGAAGGUUCCAUGUGAAAUCAUCCGGGUUCCACAGGCCGGACAUUUUGUGUUCAUUGAAAACCCAUCUGCCUUCCAUUCAGCUGUGUUUUAUGCUUGUAGAAGGUUUCUCAGUCCUGAUCCCAACAGUGAAUCCCUUCCUGAAGAGCUAACAUCUGCAUAG